ACAUCAAGAUUCCCAAUGGCAACCAUCGAAGCCCAGGACCUCAGACGGAUGAUUAGGCGCUUUCGAAUUCUGAUCAUGGGGAGAGCAAACGCAGGCAAAACGACCAUCCUCCAGAAGGUUUGCAACACCACCGAUCAACCAGAAAUCAACGAUCUCAAGGGAAAGAAGAUCGAUGCUGCCAUCGUGAAAUCAUCGAUCAAGCGUGGAAAUCACGACAUCAACAACGAGAUGGUGUUCAGAAGCAAUCCUGGUUUCGUCUUCCACGACUCGUGCGGUUUCGAAGCGGGGUCUGAGGAAGAAUUCGAGAAUAUGAAGAAAUUCAUAUCAGAACGUGCGCAUGCGACGGAAUUGGAGGAGCAAAUCCAUGCUAUUUGGUAUUGUAUCCCACUGGACGACCCGAGUCGAACGUUCCAGCGGUCAGAAGAGAAGUUCUUCCAGGAGUGUGACACCGGGCAUGUUCCUGUGGUUGCGGUGUUCACCAAAUUCGAAGCUCUG